CCCGCCUGCCAUGCAGAGCACAGGGCUCCUGUGCCCUCCCAGCCUCCCCGCUGCGUGGGGUGGACAGUCACUCGCAGGCUCCGCUCAGAAGAAGAAAGGGGGAAGUAGGCACCCCCGCCCCCACCACUGCCCCUGCUAAAAAUAGAGGCAGCAUCUGAGUGGGGCGCCGGCGUGGGCUUCCGGGGAGGCUGUGGUUCCCUGAAACGUCGUCGGUGUCUUCUGGGGGCCGCACGGGCACCCAGCUGGAGGAGAAGGGAUUCGGGAGCAGCUCGAGACCCCGGGACCUCGCUUGCUCCCAAACAAUCCUGGCCAUCCCCACUCUGGAUCCAGCGGGAGCCUGGCUCGACGGAAGACAAGAUCCAGCCCGAAGGUGUAGAAGUCAGACCCAAUGACAGGAUAGCAGCGCCCGUGCCCGCGCCCGCGCCCUGUGCACCUGCUCCAUGCCAGGAGGAGGGCCAGAGAUGGAUGACUACAUGGAGACGCUGAAGGAUGAGGAGGACGCCUUGUGGGAGAAUGUGGAGUGCAACCGGCACAUGCUGAGUCGCUACAUCAACCCCGCCAAGCUCACCCCCUACCUGCGCCAGUGCAAGGUCAUUGACGAGCAAGAUGAAGACGAAGUGCUCAAUGCUCCCAUGCUGCCAUCCAAGAUCAACCGGGCAGGCCGAUUGUUGGACAUCCUACAUACCAAAGGGCAAAGGGGCUAUGUGGUCUUCUUGGAGAGCCUGGAAUUUUACUACCCAGAACUGUACAAGCUGGUGACUGGGAAGGAGCCUACCCGGAGGUUCUCUACUAUUGUGGUGGAGGAGGGCCACGAGGGCCUCACGCACUUCCUGAUGAACGAGGUCAUCAAGCUGCAGCAGCAGAUGAAGGCCAAGGACCUGCAGCGGUGCGAGCUGCUGGCCAAGUCUCGGCAGCUGGAGGAUGAGAAGAAGCAGCUGACGCUGACCCGGGUGGAGCUGCUGACCUUCCAGGAGCGGUACUACAAGAUGAAGGAGGAGCGGGACAGCUACAACGACGAGCUGGUCAAGGUGAAGGAUGACAACUACAACUUAGCCCUGCGCUACGCCCAGCUCAGUGAGGAAAAAAACAUGGCGGUGAUGAGGAGCCGCGAUCUCCAACUCGAGAUCGAUCAACUAAAGCACCGAUUGAAUAAGAUGGAGGAGGAGUGUAAGCUGGAGAGAAACCAGUCGCUGAAACUGAAGAACGACAUCGAGAAUCGGCCCAAGAAGGAGCAGGUUCUGGAACUGGAGCGGGAGAAUGAGAUGCUGAAGACCAAAAACCAGGAGCUGCAGUCCAUCAUACAGGCCGGGAAGCGCAGCCUGCCAGACUCAGACAAGGCCAUCCUGGACAUCUUGGAGCACGACCGUAAGGAAGCCCUGGAGGACCGACAGGAGCUGGUCAACAAGAUCUACAACCUGCAGGCGGAGGUCCGCCAGGCAGAGGAGCUGCGAGACAAGUACCUGGAGGAGAAGGAAGACCUGGAGCUCAAGUGCUCGACCCUGGGGAAGGACUGCGAGAUGUACAAGCACCGCAUGAACACGGUCAUGCUGCAGCUGGAGGAGGUGGAGCACGAGCGGGACCAGGCCUUCCACUCCCGAGACGCAGCCCAGACGCAGUACUCGCAGUGCUUGAUUGAAAAGGACAAGUACCGGAAGCAGAUCCGCGAGCUGGAGGAGAAGAACGACGAGAUGCGCAUCGAGAUGGUGCGGCGGGAAGCCUGCAUCGUCAACCUGGAGAGCAAGCUCCGGCGCCUCUCCAAGGACAGCGGCUGCCUCGACCAGAGCCUGCCCAGGAACCUGCCCGUAACCAUCAUCUCACAGAGCUUCGGGGACGCCAGCCCCAGGACCAAUGGCCAAGAAGCAGAUGAUUCUUCAACCUCGGAGGAGUCACCUGAAGACAGCAAGUACUUCCUGCCCUACCACCCGCCCCGGCGCAGGAUGAACCUGAAGGGCAUCCAGCUGCAGAGAGCCAAAUCCCCCAUCAGCCUGAAGCGAGCAUCAGAUUUUCAAGUCAAGGGACAUGAAGAGGAAGGCGCCGACGCCAUCCCCCGCUCCUCCAACUCCCUGCCCUCCCUGCCCGUCAGCAGCUCCUUCUCCAAGAUGCAGCCCCACCGGAGCCGCAGCAGCAUCAUGUCAAUCACCGCCGAGCCCCCGGGAAACGACUCCAUCGUCAGGCGCUACAAGGAAGAUGCGCCUCAUCGCAGCACAGUCGAAGAAGACAACGACAGCGGUGGCUUCGACGCCUUAGACCUGGACGACGACAGUCACGAGCGCUGCUCUUUUGGACCCCCCUCCGUCCACUCCUCCUCCUCCUCCCACCAGUCUGAGGGCCUGGACGCCUACGAUCUGGAGCAGGUCAACCUCAUGUUCAGGAAGUUCUCUCUGGAAAGACCUUUCCGGCCCUCGGUCACGUCUGUGGGGCACGUGCGGGGCCCCGGGCCCUCAGUGCUGCACACGACACUGAACGGUGACGGCCUCAUCACCCAGCUCACCCUGCUGGGGGGCAACGCCCGGGGCAGCUUCGUGCAUUCAGUCAAGCCGGGCUCCCUGGCCGAGAAGGCGGGCCUCCACAAGGGCCACCAGCUGCUGCUGCUGGAAGGCUACAUCAGAGGCGAGCGGCAGAGUGUCCCCCUGGACACGUGCACAAAGGAAGAGGCCCACUGGACCAUCCAGAGGUGUAGCGGCCCCGUCACGCUGCAUUACAAGGUCAACCAGGAAGGGUACCGGAAGCUGCUGAAGGACGUGGAGGAGGGCCUGAUCACGUCGGGGGACUCGUUCUACAUCCGGCUGAACCUGAACAUCUCCAGCCAGCUGGACGCCUGCACCAUGUCCCUGAAGUGUGACGACGUCGUGCACGUCCGAGACACCAUGUAUCAGGACAGGCACGAGUGGCUGUGUGCGCGGGUGGACCUCUUCACGGACCAGGACCUGGACGUGGGCACGAUACCCAGCUACAGCCGAGCCCAGCAACUCCUCCUGGUCAAGCUGCAGCGCCUGAUGCACCGGGGCGGCCGCGAGGAGGCAGACCCUGCCCAUCACACCCUCCGGGCCCUCCGGAACACCCUGCAGCCCGAAGAGCUGCUUUCAACAAGCGACCCCCGGGUCAGUCCCCGCCUCUCCCGAGCGAGUUUCCUCUUCGGCCAACUCCUUCAGUUCGUCAGCAGGUCCGAAAACAAGUACAAGCGAAUGAACAGCAACGAGCGGGUCCGCAUCAUCUCGGGGAGCCCGCUGGGCAGCCUGGCCCGAAACUCGCUGGACGCCACCAAGCUCUUGACCGAGAAGCAGGAAGAGCUGGACCCAGAGAGCGAGCUCGGCAAGAACCUCAGCCUCAUCCCCUACAGCCUGGUGCGCGCCUUCCACUGCGAGCGCCGCCGGCCCGUGCUCUUCACGCCCACCGUGCUGGCCAAGACGCUGGUCCAGAAGCUGCUCAACUCGGGGGGCGCCAUGGAGUUCACCAUAUGCAAGUCGGACAUUGUCACGAGGGAUGAGUUCCUCAGAAAGCAGAAGACGGAGACCAUCAUCUACUCCCGAGAGAAGAACCCCAACACUUUUGAGUGCAUCGUUCCGGCCAACAUCGAGGCUGUGGCAGCCAAGAACAAGCACUGUCUGCUGGAGGCCGGCAUCGGCUGCGUGAGAGACUUGAUCAAGUCCAACAUCUUCCCCAUCGUGCUCUUCGUCCGGGUGUCGGAGAAGAACGUCAAGAGGUUCAGGAAGCUGCUGCCGCGGCCGGACACAGAGGAGGAGUUCCUGCGCGUGUGCCGGCUGAAGGAGAAGGAGCUGGAGGCGCUGCCGUGCCUGUACGCCACGGUGGAGGCCGACAUGUGGGGCAGCGUGGAGGAGCUGCUCCGCGUCAUCAAGGACAAGAUCGGCGAGGAGCAGCGCAAGACCAUCUGGGUGGACGAGGACCAGCUGUGAGGCAGGCCCCAGUCUGUGACACCGCGGGGGCACGCGGCCCUCCUGCUGCCCACGGAGCUGCCCGGCCAGGGGCUCUGUCCUACCGGUGGUGGAGCCCUCCUUGGAGCCCCCGGGGACAGAUACACCAGGCGGGGGCGGAGCAGGGCGUAGUUUAUUCCACCUGGGGCAGGCCGGGCCCAGCCGUUCGGCCCUGCUGGCCGAGCAGGGAGACGGGGCGCAGGGGGCGCCAGCCAGAGGCCCGAGGCCAGCUGGCCCCUCAAAAGCCGGAGCAGCAGUUGAAUGUAACGCAUGGGACAGGAGUGCUCCCCACAGGACCUGGGGACACACCGUGAGCACAUUCCCAGGCGGGACAGAUCGGGGAAGGGGGAGUACACCGUGCUAUUAUUUCUUUCUUGCAUUAAAACUUCUCCAUUUC